AUGCAUUAUGGUUGUCUUAAUUUUCCUUUCACGUUACAGAUCCCAGUGAGUGUUAAAAGCCAAUGCAAAUCAUGUGGAGAAUGUAUUCAAAGUGGAAAGAAUUGUGGAUGGUGCACAAAAGAUGAUUUCUUGCAGCCAGGAGAAUUGACAAUAGCACGCUGUGAUGAUAUAGAAGCACUAAAAAGGAGGGGAUGUGCAAUGGAAAAUAUUGAAAAUCCCAAAGGUUCGUUGAAAGUAUAUACCAAUAAAAACCUGACUGGCCGUGUAAAUGGUGUGAAGAUAAAGCUGGAAGACAUCACACAAAUUCGACCACAGAGGCUAGCCCUAAAAUUACGAUCAGGAGAACCACAAACCUUCUCAUUGUAUUUUAAGAGAGCUGAAGAUUACCCCAUUGAUUUAUAUUUUCUUGUGGACCUCUCCCUUUCUUCGGAGAAUGAUUUGGAAAACAUGAAGAUGUUGGGAAUUAAACUGAAGAAGGAAAUGAGGAAGAUAACUUCUGAUCUCAGAAUUGGGUUUGGUACAAUAGAGAAAACUCCUUGCCCAGGUGGUAAAAUGUGUACAGGUCAAUCCAGCUUCAAAAAUGUGCUGCCAUUAACCAACAAUAGGUCAGAAUACAGCAAACUAGUACGGAGGCAGACCAUUGCGGCAGGUCUGAAUUCUUCAGCAGGUGGUGUUGAUGCCAUCAUGCAGGCUGCUGUCUGUGGGGAUAAAAUUGGUUGGCGAAAUGCCACUCGACUACUUGUCUUCUACAGUAAUGCGGAAGUUCACUUUGCUGGGAAUAAUACUCGUGGCAGAACGUUGCCAAGUGCUGGGAAUUGCCACCUUGACACUCAGGGUGUCUACAUAACCAGUCACCAUCAGUUAAGCUGGCUUUUGAUAUUGAUGGACGGAUUCAACAUAAAAAUCAUAGACAGACAAAAGAACAAUUAUCCAUCCAGUGCUCAAUUGGCACAGAAACUUAAUGACAAUAAAAUCCAGCUUCUCUUUGCUGUUAAGGAAGAGUUUAAAGAUGCUUACAAGGCGCUCCAAGCUUGCAUUCCAAAGUCUGAAGUUGGAAAUCAAACUGCAAUUGAGUUAAUCGAUGCCUAUCACGCUUUGUCGUCCAAGGUAAUCCUGGAUAACAGCAAAUUGCCUGAAGGAGUUUCAAUACAGUAUACAGCCUACUGCAAGAAUAAUAUCAUUCAAACAGGACAACAUGGCAGGAAGUGUUCAGGUAUUAAAGUUGGUGAAGAGGUGAGAUUCACUGUAAGUAUCACAGCAAAAAAAUGCCCAAACAAUGGGCAGACAACAACUAUUGAAAUUAAACCACUGGGAUUUAAUGAGAAUGUUGACAUUAUACUGAAGUUUUUGUGCGAAUGUGAGUGCCAUGUAAACAGAAUCACUAAUAGCCCCGUGUGUAACCAGGGCAAUGGAAUUCUUGAGUGUGGAGCCUGUCGAUGUAAUGAAGGUUAUAUUGGACAAUUUUGUGAAUGCAGCAUUGACGAAAUAUAUAGCGAGGACAUAGAUGCUUCAUGUAGAAAAGAUAAUACGUCUCUAAUCUGUAGUGGCAAUGGAGAUUGCAUCUGUGGAGACUGUGUCUGCAAAAAGAGGGAAAAUCCUAAUGAAAUCAUCUACGGCCAAUAUUGUGAAUGUGAUAACUUCAAUUGUGACCGGUCCAGCGGUUUGAUUUGUGGAGGAAAUGGCAUUUGUGAAUGUGGAACAUGUCAUUGCUUGCCCAAUUUCACAGGCAGUGCCUGUGAUUGCUCAUUGGAUGUAUCAUCAUGUGUUUCAGCCAAUGGGAUGUUAUGUCAUGGCAGAGGAUUGUGUGAAUGUGGGCGGUGCAAGUGCACAGACUCAAAGUUUAAGGGGCCAACCUGUGAAUUUUGUCCAACGUGUAUUGGUGCCUGUACCAUUCAUAUGCAUUGUGUUCAAUGUAAAGCCUUUAACAGUGGACCCAAGAAAGACUCCUGUGAUCAGUGUGAGUUUGAAGUAACCAUGGUGGAACACAUGAAUCAGUUGCCAGAACGAUAUUGUGCGUUUUUGGAUGUGGACAACAAGCUGUUCUAUUUUUCAUAUGUUGUUAAUGAUCAGAAUGUUCCAGUGGUUCAUGUAUUAAAACCCUAGAUCAAUGCUAAAUCUGAAGAGCACAGUUGGGAUCACAUGGGAUUUGUACAGCUGUCCCUCCUUUGAAUUAUGGUUUUGAGAGCCCUGAAAAUAUCCUAUGAAGAAAUCAC